UGAAGAGCCCAGACACGUUGUUCUCCCGUGUGUUCACUUCGAUCGGAACUGAAUCACCGCAUGUGUCGGCAAAAGAGAUAACAGCCAAGGACCACUAUGGUGCACCCUAUAGAGUACUUGAUCUUCACCAUCAUAGUGGGAGGCAACAUCCUUCUGGGCCUGUACUUCUCCUUCCGUAAGCGAGCUGGCCUUCAGGAUGACACAGAUGAAGUGUUUCUCGGGAACCGAACGCUGGCCAUGUUUCCCUUAGCCGUUUCAGUGCUGGCAUCGAUGAUGUCGGCUCUCGGCAUUGUGGGAUUCACGGCUCAUUACUACGCGUAUGGUAUACAUAUGAUGUGGGGUAUGCUGCCCAUGCUGGUUACUAUGCCUUUCAUAACGAUCAUCAUAGUGCCGGUGUUUUACAAGCUGAAGAUCACAUCUGUCUUUGAGUACCACAGGAUGCGGUUCGGCAGUUCCAUUGCAGCUGCAACUUGCGCUUUGUACUUUCUUUUCGCGCAAAGUUUGGGUGCACUGUGCAUUUACACAGCGUCCCUGGCUGUAUCAACAGUGUUUGGUUUUCCUGUAACCUGGUGCAGCCUCGUGAUCGGCUUGACAGGGACUGUAUAUACUGCACUGGGUGGUCUACGGGGUGUGGUAUGGACUGACUGCGUACAAGCCAUUGUAAUUUUAGCCGCCCCAGCAACCAUCAUAGUCAAAGUACUGUGGGACGCCAGCAAACGACGUCUAAGGCCAAUGACGCUCGAGGACUUCAAGCCAUUCGCAUUUCAAUACAAUUUGGACUUCACCCAGGAUGAGAACCUAUGGUCGUGUCUCAUCGGGCUGUUGUGGACAUGGAUCUAUCGAGCAGGCCUUGACCAGAUUAUGGUACAACGCUACUUAGCUUCACGAACACUACGUGAUGCUCAAAGAACCGCAUGGUGGGGCACCUUACUCAUCAUUGCUUACUUCAUUGUUGCUGCCGCUCUGGGCCUCAUUAUGGCUUACUGGUAUAGGGAUUGCGACCCUAUGGUAGCGGGCGUGAUCACUAGCCUAGAUCAGGUAAUACCAUACUACGUGAACACCCAUUUGGCAGGAUUUAUUGGAUUUUCUGGCCUCUUCUUGGCAGGUGUUGUGGGCGCCACCACGAGUACCAUAUCAUCCGCCAUAAAUUCACUGGCUGCCGUGACCUACGUGGAGUUUGUCGCUAUGUUUGCCGCACCAACACCCAAAGUAUCGCUUCUCCUGACGAAACUCCUAGCCUUCGCAUCAGGAAUAAUAAUGAGCCUUUAUGCAAUUGUCAUUCCAUACAUGGGCUCUACCGGUAGGGUUUUGAUGGUGCUGCAGAGUUGCAUUACCGCUCCUUUCGUAAGCCUUUCGAUAUUAGGUCUAGCUUUUCCCUGGGUGGACACCAAGGCAGCCGUUAUAGCGGCUGCUAUUGGAUGUGCCUGGCAAGGAGGAUACACGGUAAUCGACAUGAUGUACGGUGCCAGCCCUCCGAGAAUGGCGGCGUCUUUGGAUGAAUGUGCUGCUGGCGAUUUCAUGGAAUUGCGAGCUCAGAGCAACCUGUCACUUUCAAUCACAGAAACGUCAAGGAAUGAACGCGAUAACAACAAUUUGUUCGACGCUCUGUUCGACGCUACGUCGCCGCUUGUUUUGAUGGUGCUGCAGAGUUGCAUUACCGCUCCUUUCGUAAGCCUUUCGAUAUUAGGUCUAGCUUUUCCCUGGGUGGACACCAAGGCAGCCGUUAUAGCGGCUGCUAUUGGAUGUGCCUGGCAAGGAGGAUACACGGUAAUCGACAUGAUGUACGGUGCCAGCCCUCCGAGAAUGGCGGCGUCUUUGGAUGAAUGUGCUGCUGGCGAUUUCAUGGAAUUGCGAGCUCAGAGCAACCUGUCACUUUCAAUCACAGAAACGCGGAGCCAGGCGUCAUUCGUAAUGAUUUCUUCUUAUUGGAACAAUUUCAUAAUCACGACAGCGAUGAUUUUUAUAGGCUUGAUUCUUAGCCUGAUUACAGUAUUCGAAGAAGAAGCCGCACUGAUUGGCUGUUUUCUAAAAGGAUCUCUGCUGGUAACAGCGUAUCGGCCAAUGGCCGAGGAUCAUCGACUCUGUUUCAUGAUGAAGACUGAAGCUAUAAAGUCGACCUGCCACGUCUUCCAACCAGUAACGACGUUUUGA